UAGGUUUCAGUUGGCACGUAGAGUAUUCGCGUUCGUGUGGACAAGAAGUUGUGACCAAUGUUGUUACACGUAAAAUAGUGACCACCCAUGGGCUGGCCUAGCCUUUAGCGAAAGCGAUCGUCGAUCAAAAGGGCAUUAGCAUCGAAAGUGUGUUGGUAAAAAGGCGUGAAUCGAUCGUGAUCGUGGUGGAAGUGUGAUUAGCUUAACCGUUAGCCAGAGGAAAUUAAGAAUAAAACGAAGAACGAAGCAUACCGCUGUGAAUCUGCGUACACGGUAGCUGAGCAUAGCAUUGCGCACGAUCGUUCGCUCAAUGACACCACGGUUGGGCUGCGUCGAAAGUAUAAAUCACGCCCAGGUCAGCCGCCGCCAGCCGCGUCAUGCCACGGAAGUUGCUCAAAUUUCUCAUCCUCUUCGACAACACGUCGCUGCUGUACUUCCCGGGCCAGUUCCUGUCUGGGCGGGUCUUGCUUGAGCUGCAAGACGACACACCGGUAUUGGGACUUCAUUUUCAUGUCGUCGGUGAAUGCGUCGUUCGGGUCCGAUCGACGCGCCACGAGCGAUCGUACGACAAGGAGAACUAUAUCGACUUUCGCAUGCGCCUGCUGGGCGAUUCGGACAACCAGGGACCAACGGUGCUGUCGCCCGGCAUACACAGCUUCCCUUUCAAGCUGGGCCUACCGGUGGACCUCCCAUCGACCUUCCUGGGCCGGUACGGAUGGGUUCAGUACUACUGCAAGGCCGGUCUGCGCGAACCGUCCGGCUUGAUACACAAGAAUCACCAAGUUUUCAUUGUGAUGAAUCCGAUCGACCUUAACCUCGAGCAACCAUAUCUGGCGGAUCCUUUUAAAUGUAAUAUUGAACACAAUCUCGGCAUGGCUUGCGUUGGAGGAGGAAUCGUAAAGUGCAAGAUCUUUCUCGAUCGCGGAGGGUACGUGCCCGGUGAGUCGAUUAUUAUUACAGCAACCGUUACGAACGCCAGCAGUGUUACGAUCAAAUCCACUAAAGCCGCUCUCACAGAGACGAUACAAUACUUUGCCCGCGAUAAGAUCAUGCAUACGGAAAAGCGGGAAUUGGCGGUGAUAGCACGGGGCAAGAUCAGAGCCGGCCACAGAGACGAGUGGCAGAAUGAGCCCCUCUAUGUUCCGCCGCUACCGCCGACAAAUCUGCGCGGAUGCCAUUUGAUACGGAUUCAGUACGACGUUUGUUUCCUAAUCGAACCUAAAUCGUUGGAAAAGCAGAUCAAACUGCAGCUACCCAUCACGCUCGGUACGUACCCGUUUAAAACGGCCGACGGAGACGAUACGAACGAGUGGGCCGAAACCAUCUAUAAACCGGAAACGCACUAUCCAUCGACUUUGCCCAUAUUCCGGCCAUGGUUGCACGAGAAGAAUGAUCAAAAGUAGUGUUCAAUGUCGCACUCGCAGGGGAUCAGGAGCACGAGUAAUGGCCGAUUGACGGUGCCAUAAAUGAAAUGCUUAGCAAAUAACUUAGACGAAAGUGAAAAGAAUGCAUUAGACAAUUUCGGGCAACUUCCGUAUACUCUAUCCCGACGAACAAUCUAGCAAAACACCACCAUCAAACGCUACUGUGGAGAGAUAAUGCUAAGAAAAGAGUACAUAGAGUAUAGCGAUAGUAUUUAAAUAGUUUUCGUUUUUCAUUUCAAAACAUAUAGUUAUUGUUAACAAAGAAAAACUCGGAGCGUCAACAGGGCAAACCGGUAGCAUUCUUUUAUCGUGUGAUAACUCGUAUGCCAGAGCUAGGAAAACAUAGUUACGAGGCUUGCAACUCGGUUAUCUUUGCAAUCAACAUUGCCUUCGUUCUCAGUUUUGAAACUUCACCGACACCUUGUUUCUGAAGGAAUUCUUUCAAUGUCGCCACCGUCAAGCUGGAUGCCUGCGAAUUAGAGGAUGGAAAAGUGAAAUAAAG